UGGCUCGGGACGUGGGCCAAGUUCCUGCUCGGCUGGCGGCUCGGCCCGUACGUCCCGACCCCUCCGCACGUCGUCGCGUCCAUGCUCCGCCUCGCCGAGCUCUCGCCCGGCGACGUCCUCUACGACCUGGGCUGCGGCGACGGCCGCGUUUGCGUCGCCGCUUGCUCACCUGAACUCGGGGGCACGCGGCGGGACGUCCGCGCGGUGGGAUUCGAGCUCGACCCGAGGCUCGCCGCCGAGGCGAGGAGGUACGUGGAGGACGUGAACCUCGAGGGCGCGGUGGAGAUCAGGGAGGAGGACGCGCUCGGCGCGGAUCUCGGCGACGCCACCGUCGUGGCGCUGUACCUGUCCGAGACUGGGAAUCGUAAGCUCAUGCCGUCGCUGGCGAAGCUGCGGGCGGGCGCGAGGGUGGUGACCUUCACUUUCCCCUUGUGCGAUCGGAUGCGACCCACGAAGAGUAAGAAGGUGGACGGCAUAAGCCUCUACAUGUAUAGGAAAGGGUCCACGGGCGCCAACUCGUGGGUGGGUCCCCAAGGAGAGGAUUACAUCGUCGACCUCGUGCGCGCGUGAUGACUUUUACUGGUAUUCGGUGCACGCGACGUGUGACAGAAGCUGCGUGAGAUUUUGUUUGCUUAUUCACCGGGUCACCCCU